CCCUCUCCAACCCCCCUUUCUCUGGUCGAGGUGCAUUGUGGGGAGGAAAGUCGUUGCCAUUCGACCUCUGCGGGGCCUGCGCGGACGCAGCGAGAACCCUGAAAUUCAUUAUGCGUUUAAAACCUUUAUUUAUUUCCGCAUAACCUAGAUACUCUCACCGGGAGGGCCAAAGCGGAGAAAAGGAACGACGACGGUCCAUCUCUUUAGGAAAAUACAUCGUUCAAAUAUAUUAUUUUGUCGGAGAGUGAUACUGUUGAGAAAGUGAAGAUUCUAAUAUAUAUUAAGAAAAAUGUCCGGUGAGAGAAACCGCAGGUCGCUGGCUUUCCGAGGAGGUGGAUUAGCUGGGUUAACGGGUUCCAGCGGUAUCGGUGGGGGUAACUGUAACAGCUGGGAGGCCCCGGCCUGUCAAGACCGACAUUUUAACGGGAACAGGCAGGAUCAAGAAGAGGACGGGGAUCUGGGGGCUAAAGGAUCAUCGCAGAAGAGAGUGGAGAGCGCUGGGUCUGUCAGCGAUAGCACGGAACCCGAGGCGGAGGAAGAAGAGGACCCGGAAGAGGGCAGCUGGGCAGCUGGGGACGGCGACGAUGGUGUCGGCUCGGUGGAAGGGGAGGACGGGUCCAGGGAGGGGAAUAGCUUGACAGAGGGGAACGGUCCCAGCAACGUUGACGGCCAGGAGUCGGGAAGCGGGUCGACUGGAGGCGAGACUGGAUCCAGGAAAUCUGGAGUAGAGAUGAGACCGCAGACGUUGCUUCAAAAACACUCAUUAUUCCAUGCUUCGUGGUUGCAAGAAUUUCCAUGGUUAAAAUUUUGCCAGGAGACGGGACUUAUGUCCUGUUCUUGGUGUCACAACAUUGCCACUAAAAACAGCGACGAGCUUGUCAAAGGCAGUCGCAGCUACAAACGGGCCUUGCUGCUGAGACAUCACCUGUCUUCUGAGCACGGGAGAAAUGACCCCACCAAACAGGAGACAAUGAGGCCGUCAGGAAACACCAGCCCCUCCACUAACUGCUCAGAGGAAGACUAUCGCAACAAGCCCAAUGAGAACUCCUACUGUUACCAGCUUCUCCAGGAGCUGGACAAGCAACGCAAAAGUGGCAUCCUCUGUGACGUCAACAUAGUCGUCUCAGGCCAGGUGUUCCGUGCACACAAGAACAUCCUGGUGGCGGGCAGCCGCUAUUUCAAAACCCUCUACUGUCUGACCAAGAGCGAGGACCAGGACCAGGCCACGGUCACACACCUGGAUGUUGCUGCUGUGCAGGGCUUCUCUGUUAUCCUCGACUUUCUCUACUCUGGGAAUCUGCUGCUCACAAGCCAAAAUGCCAUUGAGGUGAUGUCUGUUGCUAGUUACCUCCAGAUGACAGAGGUUGUACAUUCAUGUAGGGCUUUUAUAAAGGAUGCCCUGAAUAUCAGCAUCAAGCAGGAGGCUCCGGAUUCAGUGGUGGUGGACUACAACAAGAGGCAGAUGGUGUCCAAAGAGGGACCGAGGGGCCUGGACCGCAAGCCAAGCAACUUCUGGGCCACAAGCAUCCUGUCAAAGCUGUCGAUCAAGGCCAGCAACAAUCAAGGAAAGGAAGCAAUGGAGGAAGAAGACGAAGGUGGCAGGGUGAAGGAGGAGACCAGCGAUAUAGAGGUGACAGUGGUUGGGGGUGCGGGCUGUGCCCUGGUGACCCCAGGAGCCUCUGGUAACUGGACCCACCACAAUGACAACUCGUCUGAUUCAGCAGAGACCAAUGAAACGCGGUCGGCGAGUGGCCAGGUGCAGGUAUUCGUCUGGAACGAGCCAGCCACAGGUGGCGCUGCAGCAGCACCCGCAGCAAUAAAGCGAGAAGCACGGGAUGCUGCGGCAGGAAGCGGCCGGAGGAAAAAACAGACCACCACACGGCGUUUUGUGUACAACUUUCCACCAGAGCCUGAAGAGGGAUUUGACGAGGGGAUGUUCAUCCAGCCCUCGGCCUCCUACCCCAGAGAGGACUUCUCCUCCCUCUCCGAAAAUGCUGAGCUGGCCAAUCAGAUCCAGUAUAGCAUCAUCCAGGACUUACAACAAGGGGAGUCCUGGGAGAAUGGCGAGUCCUCACACCUAGCCCUCAAUAAGCUCAAGUGCCCCCACUGUAACUACAUUGCCAAGCACCGGCGCACGCUCAAGAGGCACCUGAUCAUCCACUCGGGCGUACGCUCCUUCAGCUGCGACAUCUGUGGCAAGCUGUUCACGCGCCGCGAGCACGUAAAGAGACAUUCCCUGGUGCACAAGAAGGACAAAAAAUACAAGUGCAUGGUGUGCAAGAAGAUCUUCAUGCUUGCAGCCAGCGUUGGUAUCCGUCACGGCUCGCGGCGCUACGGUGUGUGUGCGGACUGCGCUGACUCACACCAGGCCACUCAGGAGGGCCUGGAGGCCAUGGAGGGCAUGGAGUUUCCUCGCGACGAAGACUUCGAAGGCGAGGAAGGGGAGGACCUGGAAGGGGAGGAGCCUAACGACAACGACCAAUCAAAUUGGGGUGAGGGCAACGCUGGUGCUGCCCCGGAAGAGGACUAAGAAUUCUAACAAGCUUGAGAAACAAAACAAAAAAAAAGUUGAUGUUUAAUAUAUAUGUAUACAAAAACUAGCUGGUAAACAAUCAACUCCAAAGUGCUAUCAAACCUUGAGGUUACUUAAUUGUGCAAGUAUAUGACAAAGAGGUGGAUUAAAAGAAAAAGCUUUCGUAGAGUGGAAACUCCAAGAUGUACAGAUUUUAUUAUUGUUAAAAUGUGUCCAACUCUGGGCCCAGAGCCCACAAGAGAAAGAUUCUAUCGACGAAUAAUAUGAUAAAUCAGGUUUUUGGUGAUGUAUUUUUAUUUCCUGUUUUUCGGGUGAGAGUUGGGCAGGGUGAUGAUAUAGUAGAGUUGGGGUAGGCCAAUCAACUAAAAAAGCGAAAUGUUAAUUAUUUAAUUUAUGAAGAGAGGUUAUUAUGGUCUUAUCAAUACUUUUUUUUUAUUUCUGUUUUUGUCUGCAAGCAGAGGCACAGUAAUGGCUGUUGCUUUCUACACAAUCUGAAAGUAUGUUGCUUGGUGCUUGUAGAAGUACACGGAAGAAGAGCAUUAUUGUCCACAGGAAGAUUUUUAACUUGCUCUGUAGAUCUUGUUUAGAUGCGCUAAAUAUUAUAUUCUUUUCAAAUUUUAUUCUUUCCCUGCACAAAUCUUGGAACCAAAAAAUCUGUUUUGUGACUCUAAUGUAUCACAGCCAUAUUUAUGAUUAAUUUAAGAGGGCUGUGGUAUUGUGCCAAACAGACCGCACACCAAGAUUUAGCAGGAAGCAAAAACUACUGAAUACGCUUAAAAAAAGAAAAAGAAA